AUGCUAUCGCGCAAUAAUCUUUAUGCACCAUUGGUUGCCUACGAGCAAACAGAUGUUGUGCCAUCGGCUUACAUGAUCAAUCAGACAUCAACUCCCAAAGCAAUACAGGAAUCCUCGUUGGUUUCAUUUCUCCAGGGCAUCAGCCAGGAUUAUCAUCGAGAAGAAGCUAUGCCAAAUGAUCCAAAGAACAAUGGUAGUAGACCAACAUCAUUGUCAGAUGUCCAGUCUAAGAUUAGGCAACGUGCCGUUGCCAUUGUUGGCGGUCAAGUGACGGCUUCCAUGACAUCAACGACGACCGGUGCAUCCACCAAGAAUCGAAAGCGAAAGCGGAAAGAAAUAAGCUGGAACGAUAUUGAGGAGAUUGUGAAGCGCCAAACAAUUGCAAUUCCGUCAAUGCCUUCCAGAAUUGGGUCAAUCGAAUUUCUGCGAGAGUUGAAUGCAAGGUGGAACGAAUACAUCCGUUCGGCACUCCAAUUGAAUAAUAGUGCAAAUGACACAUCGGCCAUCAUGUCAAGAUUUGCAGCCCUGCGAGAGGACGUAGAACUUGUUGGGGCUCAUGUUCGCAUUGGAUCCUGCUCCCAACGAAAGGGUUUAACAAGCUGUUAUGGGGUGGUAGUGAGCGAACGGAAGAAGACAUGGGCGGUGGCAACAUUGCAGUCGCAGAGAAAACAAAAGAAAAAAGGUGUAUCAAACACAGAAAAGGAAGAAGUGGGUGGGGAUCAGAAUGUGGAUAUGCUUGUGGUCCCAAAACGGGGGACCACUUUGAUUUUAGUUGUACCAUUGCGGCACACUGAAAAGGAUGCACCAAGAACAAGCACACUUGUAGAUGAUGAGGAAAUCAUUAGUCUAUCCCAACGGUCGAUUUGCAUAGUUCUCAAUGGGUCAGAGUCUAACUAUUCAUAG